AUGCUGCGGAGCCCGGGCCCGAGGGUGGCGUCGCCGGGGCAGCUGGCAGCGAGCUUCGCGGAGCUGCAGGCCACGUUCUCGCAGGAGUCCGCGAGGAUUCAGGGCCUGCUCGACGGUCACGCGAGGGCGCUGCGGGCUCUCUGCAGCGACCACACCGACCGCCCCUGGAGCAUCCCCUCGUCACCACGAGAAGUGCUGGAGACAACGGUUUCGACACUUGGGGCGACGCCGCAGUGGGAGCACGCAGCGUCGCAGCCGGCCACGAAGCCGCUGGACGUCGGCGACGCGGGCGCCCUCGCAGAGGACGCGGAGCCCGCGGGCACCGACUCGCGCCUGCGCUCUGUCGCCCUGCUGGGCGGCGCCCCGUGGGGGCCCGUCGGCGCCGUGGAGCCGGCGGGCGAGGAGCUCGCAUUCGACCAGAAGGUUCCCUCGAGCACGUCUCGGGUCGACAGCCUCCCGGCGCCGCCGGCGGAGCCGCCGCCGCUGGCCACCUGGGGUGGGCCCGGAGACACGGAGAGCCCAGCCGGCAUGGGGCUGUGGGGCCUGAGGGCAUCAACGUCGUCGGGCAGGGUCACCAUGUUGGCCGGGUCGUGCCCACGAGCAGGUGGAGCACCUGGAACGGAAGCCGCCUCGGUGACGACGACCAGGAUGACCUGGAGCCCGACCUUGAUGGCUGGUAAGCUCAGCAGCAGGCGCCCCGCGUUCCCGCUCCAGCGGAGCAGGGCGCAGAGGAGCGCCUUCUACGACGCGAAGAUGCUCGAGGAGACCGCCAAGGAGGUGGCCUGGCGAGGCGAGUACGACGUCGCGGAUCUGUACCACUCCGAGGGACGCGCCCAGCGCAUCGCGCGGCACCCCGCCUUCGGCGCCGCUCAGAUGGGUGUGGUGUUCUUGAACGCCAUCUGGAUAGGACUCGAGACCGACUACAACGACAAGGAAGUAUUGUACGAGGCCGACUUGGGCUUCCAGGUGGUGGAGAACUUGUUCUGCAUUUUCUUUCUGUGGGAGUGGCUCGUCCGACUCUGCGCGUUCAGGAGCACGGUCCAUUGCAUCCGCGAUUGGUGGUUCAUGUUCGACACAAUCCUCCUGGCCCUCAUGGUGCUCGAGACGUGGGUUCUGUUCAUUUUGUCCGCCGUGUCCUCCGAGGGCUCCAGUGCGCUGCCGACGAACCUGCUGCGGCUGGUGAAGUUGGCGCGGCUCACGCGCUCUGUGCGCAUUGCGCGGCUUCUUCGCAGCAUCCCGGAGCUAACAGUGAUCAUAAGAGGAAUGCUGGUCGUCAUGCGGACCGUGUUCCUCAUCUGUGUAUUGAUGACCACGCUCCUCUACGUCUUCGGCAUACUCUUCGUGCAGGUCGCCAGGGACUCGGAGUUGAACAACGACGGAGACUUCAGCAGCGUGCCCGCGGCCAUGGUAGCCCUGGUCUUGGGAGGCCUGAUCCCCGACAUGGCGCCCAUGACUCACGAUCUUGCCAGGGAGAACCUAUUGUUCGCCAUGCUGUUCUUCAUGUUUGUCCUCCUCGGGUUCAUCACGAUUAUGAAUAUGCUGAUUGGCGUAUUAGUACAGGUAGUUGGAGUUGUUGCCAACGUAGAAGCGGAGACGAACCAGCUCGCUGAAGUUAAGAAGGUUCUCUUGGACAACAAAUACAACUUGACCGUGGAUGGUGACAUCACGAUGGAGCAAAUCAUACACUUACUUGGCGAUCCAGGAGUUGCCGAUGGUCUCCAUAUGCUCUGCAUCGACACGGAAGUCUUGCUGGAACACGCCAAGAUAGUGCUUGGGGACAGGCAGAUCAUCACGAUGCACGACUUCUGGCAGCUGGCCGUGCAGCACCGGGGCGCCAACACCGCGAAGGUGCAGGACCUCGUGAACAUGCGGCAAUUCAUAUACUCGGAGCUGGCAAGCAUCCACGACAAGGUCUCGGAGCAGCUGGGAGCGGCUCGGGCGCAGAUCCGCCACCAGGAGCCCGCGGCGCAGCGCAGCGCGCCUGUGGUCAGCGUGCACUCCGGCCUGCAAUGA